GUUCAGCGCUUCGUGCACAUGUGGGCACGCUUUACUUGAAGUGUUCCAAGUAUUAAUGAGUAUGCACAUUUACGUAGAGGCUCUUGAAUUUCACUGAUAAAUCGUCGUUUUCAAUUCAUAACAAAUAAAUAUGUCUAAAAGGCACACAUGGAUCGCCUUAUCUCUGGCGUUAUUAAUUUGCUGGGAUUUUAGCAAAGCGUUCACGCAAGUGGCGGAAGAUGAAGAAACCAGAGCUGAGUUGAUGGCCCCUAGUGACGUUAAAGACGCACAUAAUGUGCGCGUAACUGAGAAUCGUUUAGCUGCCCAGCUCUUCGCCGUACUGGACCAUUUCAAACAAGAAGAUCCUGUUGGUUUUCCGGGCGCACCCAUACCAGAUCCAAUGGAGGUGCCAGAUAUGCGAAAGAGUGUCGGCAUGGGUACGCUGAGUAUGAUGAAGGUGAAGGCUUAUGGGCUGUCAAAGUUUCGUAUCGAUUCGAUCAAGGCGGAUUUAAAGGAGAUGAAGGUCGAAGCCGGUAUCCAAUUGGACGAGAUGAACGUCAAGGGCAUGUACACGCUGAGCGCACUCUUCACCCGCGCUAAUGGUCCGUUCACAGUCGUGCUCAGAAAUGUAUACGUGAAAGCCAAUGCCGCACUCGCAGUAGAAACAGAUGGUCACUUAACAACGGACCAAAUUAAAAUGGAUAUUACUUUCGGUGAUAUGUCCAUGGAUUUUCAGAACUUAGGCUUGGUUGGUAAUAUAUUCCAAGGCAUUGUCAAUUCAGCACCCACACUGGUCUUCGAUGCGAUGAAGCCGUUUAUGUUGAAAGAGGCCGAUACAAAAUUACGCGCAGAGAUAAAUGGUAAUUUGGAAAAAUUCUUAGGCGAUCGUCUACUACCCAAUUCAAUUGCACCACUCGAUAUGGCCAUUGCGGAGGGCCGCAGAAAGGUGCGUGAGAUGGGUUACGACCCAUUUCAUUUACCCGAUUAUAAUCGCACCGCCGGUAUAUUCACCUUCCAGUUGGUGAACUCAUGGAUUUGGGGUGUGGCGAGUUUCUAUCGUGUCGGCGAUAUGGCGGUGUCGAUGCAGAAUAAUACAAUUAAAUUACAUUUCCACGUUGGUACUCAGGAAAUCGCCGGCGAGUGUCAUUGGGAAGUUGACUUUGCCUUGGCUUCGCGUACGGGUACUUUUAAGUUUUCCGUUCAACACAUUCGUGUCACCGUGGAUGUGAGCCAAGCUCUGGAUACACGACAGCGACCGAAAAUCAAUGAUCUACAAAUCGAUUUGGGUAAUAUACAAGUGCGUAGCGACGGUGCUGGUACGUUGGAUUAUAUCAUGGAAGCAGUGGUUAACAUUGUCCCUAAUUUACUGCGCUAUCAAAUUAUGGACGUAUUGGAGAAUCCAAUUAAAAUGCGUAUACAGGAGAAAUUCGAUUCGAUUGAUGUCGAGAAGGCGAUCAAGGAGAACUUUGAGAAGUUCCAAACUAUGGGUGUAGAUGCAUUCUCGUUUGAUUUUAAGCUGUAAUUGGUAACCUAAUCAAUUUAAAUGUAAUAACACUUUUCACUAGGAACAUUAAGAAAAAUCUCUUUUGAUUCUUAAAUUGCGAAUAAAUACUUCAUUGCUGUAUAUGUAUAUAUGUAUAUGUUAAUAUAUUAAGCAUAUUAUUUUAUAUGUUUGAGUCAUAUCGGAAUAAAUAUUCGCAUAAUUUUAACGUUAAA